CGCCUCCCAGCAGCGCGGAACCCCCGUUCCGACCCCGCAGAGCGCAGCGCCCUCCUGGCGGCGGCGCGAUGCUGUGCUUCCUGAGGGGAAUGGCCUUCAUCCCCUUCCUCCUGGUUACCUGGUCGUCCGCCGCCUUCAUCAUCUCCUACGUGGUCGCCGUGCUCUCCGGGCACGUCAACCCCUUCCUCCCCUACAUCAGUGAUACAGGAACAACACCUCCAGAGAGUGGUAUUUUUGGAUUUAUGAUAAACUUCUCUGCAUUUCUUGGUGCAGCCACGAUGUACACAAGAUAUAAAAUAGUAGAGAAGCAAAACCAAACCAGCUAUUUCAGCACUCCUGUUUUUAACUUGGUGUCGUUAGUUCUAGGAUUGGUGGGAUGCAUCGGAAUGGGCAUUGUAGCCAAUUUCCAGGAGUUAGCUGUCCCCGUGGUACACGACGGCGGUGCCCUUUUGGCGUUUGUCUGCGGUGUUGUGUACACGCUCCUGCAAUCCAUCAUCUCUUACAAAUCGUGUCCCCAGUGGAACAGCCUUUCCACAUGCCGCAUACGGAUGGCCAUCUCUGCCGUUUCCUCCGCAGCCGUCAUCCCCAUGAUUGCCUGUGCUUCGUUAAUUUCUAUAACCAAGCUGGAGUGGAAUCCAAAAGAAAAGGAUUAUGUAUAUCAUGUAGUGAGUGCGAUCUGUGAAUGGACAGUGGCCUUUGGUUUUAUUUUCUACUUUCUAACAUUCAUCUACGAUUUCCAGAGUGUCACCCUAAGGAUAUCCACAGAAAUCAAUGGUGAUGUUUGAAGAAAGGAGAAUUCAUUCUCACUCAAUGAAAGUGGCAGACAAUUUCUAGAAGUGGUACAGAGGAUAGACAGGGUUUUAACACCGCCCUGCGUGGAAUUCAUCUGCAGCACAUCCAGGACUUGAAUUUCUUUAAGAAUUCCCAAUAGUUGUACUAUUUCCAAAGGUAUGUUUUCCUAGAGAAUGUACAGCAUUUAUGACAUUGUAGC